AAUACCUUAUUUUCCCACAAUUUUAACUCCUUCGUCAAGUUCCUAGGUUUCCACUAAGCUCUAAAGCCUCCUUUUGCCUUUCAGAGCUUUGAUAGAUCAUGGGUCACUCAAACAUCUGGAAUUCUCACCCUAAGACAUACGGGCCUGGCUCUCGCGCCUGUCGCGUGUGUGGAAACCCCCAUGCCAUCAUAAGGAAGUAUGGGCUCAUGUGUUGCAGACAGUGCUUCCGUAGCAAUGCCAAGGAAAUUGGAUUCAUUAAGUACCGUUGACGAAUUUAUAUGGUGUGAAGUAGGAAAGGGCUUUGUCCAAGUAUGAGCUAUUGUAGUAAGGUUUUGGAAUUCAAAGAAAAACUUCUAAGAUAAUGUUUUUGUUGAAUCUAUUAUGGGACAUUAAAGUGUCUUACCAGGAGUGCAUUAUUGUUUUUCAAUGAAAGGUUAAUGCUAGCUUGCUAUUAAUUUGUCUAUGCAAUGUGAUGAUCCUGUUUGAUUUACAGCAUUUCAUGUGUUACUAUAAAUGGAAUUAGAGGUUGAGUCUUUUAUACAUUUGAAACCUGGGGGCAAAGCUUUUGUCUCACAGUCACAUUUGAUUCUUGUUAUUUAGUAUUAUGUCUUGUUUAUGAUGCUUCAAGGAAUGGUUGUACAUGGAUUCAAUGCAUAUUCCAAUGUAGUUCUAGUGUUUGAAA